AUGAUAACAAAUUUAUUUUCUGUAUUUGACCCUUCUUCAAGUAUUUUUAAUUUAUCAUUAAAUUGAAUAAGUACAUUUCUUGGACUUUUAUUAAUUCCUUCUGCUUACUGACUGAUACCUUCCCGAUGACACAUUUUUUGAAAUUCAAUUUUAAUAACUCUUCAUAAAGAAUUUAAAACUUUAUUAGGACCUAGUGGACAUUCAGGAUCUACCUUUAUUUUUGUUUCAUUAUUUUCAUUAAUUUUAUUUAAUAAUUUUAUAGGUUUAUUUCCUUAUAUUUUUACGAGAACAAGUCAUUUAACAUUAACUCUUACAUUAGCGUUACCUCUUUGAUUAUGUUUUAUGCUUUAUGGAUGAAUUAAUCACACUCAGCAUAUAUUUACUCACUUAGUUCCUCAAGGAACACCAGCAGUUUUAAUACCUUUUAUAGUAUGCAUUGAAACUAUUAGAAAUAUUAUUCGACCAGGAACAUUAGCUGUUCGAUUAGCUGCUAAUAUAAUUGCAGGACAUCUUCUUCUUACUUUAUUAGGUAAUACAGGUCCUUCACUUUCAUUUAUAAUUGUUUCUAUCCUUUUAAUUGGGCAAAUUGCUUUAUUAGUUCUUGAAUCAGCCGUAGCUAUUAUUCAAUCUUAUGUAUUUGCUGUAUUAAGAACUUUAUACUCUAGAGAAGUUAAUUAA